AUGACGUCUCGUGCAAAUCUUAUUGCGCGCACCGUCAUCAGCCAGUUCGACAAGCUCCCGUCUAAGAGGAAGCCCUGCGUUCGCGACAAUGGCCUCAACGAAUGGGUGCCCCUGAGCGGUAUCGUAGCUGAAAGGAAUGGAGUCUUGACCUGCCUGGCAUUAGCGACGGGCAUGAAAUGCCUUCCGGCAUCGAAGCUCCCCGAGGCCAAGGGUGUGGCCAUUCAUGACUGGCAUGCCGAAGUUCUGGCGAUUCGAACUUUCAAUCGCUUCUUGUUGGACGAGUGCCAGACUCUCGUUGAUGGCAAUUGUGAUGAGCAUGAAACCAUCCUCCAGAGAGAUGAUACUCGCCAUGUCGAUGCGGAAAUUGGUCGAUAUACGAGACCUUUCAAAGUGAAGGAGGAUGUGAAGCUUCAUAUGUAUUGCUCUGAAGCCCCAUGUGGAGAUGCCAGUAUGGAACUCAUCAUGGCCGCUCAAGCAGAUGCCUCCCCAUGGCAAGUCCCUGCCUCCAAAUCGCCAGCCAACACGCCACCAGAAUCAGAAUCAGAAUCAGAAUCUCCAACACAUCUCCCCGGACGAGCCUACUUCUCCCAGCUGGGCAUCGUCCGCCGCAAACCCGCCCGCGGCGACGCCCCGCCCACCUUAUCCAAGUCCUGCUCCGACAAGAUCUCCCUGAAGCAGUGCACAUCGCUUCUCUCAUCGUUAGCAUCACUCUUUGUCGACCCAGGAAACGCCUACAUCGACACCCUCGUGCUCCCAGAGUCACAGUACUUCGCAGCUGCCUGUGAACGAGCCUUUUCGCCCACGGGCCGAAUGAAGCCUGUGGUCGGCAAGCAAUGGCCCGGAGAUUACGCUUUCAGACCGUUCAGGGUCGAGGCCACGAGCGUCGAGUUUGCCUACUCGAAGAGGGCGGUGCAGGCUCGCUCCGAGGCCAUCUCGGCGAGCAAUCUCGCUGCUACGUGGUCGGCCUCUGGCUUUGAGGAGUCGAUUCUUGGGGGCGUGCUUCAGGGGUGGAAGCAGUUUGACGUGAGAGGUGCUAGCAAGUCUUCCAGGAGGCAGAUGUGGAUCACGGCGAAGCAGCUGUCUGAGGGUCUCUCGGCUGCCAAUGCCCCUGAUACUGAUCGUCAUCGAGAACUUCGAGAGCACUUUUCACUAGCAAGCAGCUACCAGGGCCUUAAAGAUGGGCCUUUGUUGGCUGAGCGGAGGCACGUCAAGGUUCAAGCUCGACAGCUUGCGCUCAAGGGCUGGGUUCAGAACGAAGGGGACUCCGACUUUGGCAUAGCAUAG